AAAACGCUAAUGGUCAAAUUGCCGAGACCGUUCUUUAGUUUAGUUAGUUAGUGACACAGUGAAAGUGGUGAAGAAAACCUUUGUUAGUUUCGAGAAAAAUUACAGCGAAGAUGCCGGACGUUUCGCAAGAUCAUUUCGAAGUCGAUCAUCCUCUGGAGCCUCUUCUGACUCCGGAAAUUAUGCGGGCGAGGGGCAAUACGUUGACCAUGGAAAAUCCCUUCUUCACUCAAAGAAAAAGGUCCGAUAGUGAAUCUGAAGAUAUCGAGACUAAAUAUAGAUCACCCUCGCGCAUUGCCUUAUUCAAGAGAGAGAUAGGACACAGAAUAUUCGUCAACAGAAGUCUUCAUCUCGAAAACAUCAAGUUCUAUGGUUUUGAUAUGGAUUAUACCUUAGCAGAGUACAAAUCUCCCGAAUAUGAAAAAUUAGGUUUCGAUUUAGUUAAGGAGCAUAUGGUAUCGAUAGGAUACCCACAAGAAAUUUUACAAUUUGAGUAUGAUCCAACAUUUGCAGUAAGAGGAUUGUGGUUCGACUCAUUGUAUGGAAAUCUUUUAAAAGUAGACGCAUAUGGAAAUAUUUUAGUAUGUGUGCAUGGAUUCGAAUUUAUAAAGCAUUCCCGUGUUUAUGAACUAUAUCCCAAUAAAUUUUUAACGCUGGACGAAUCUCGAGUGUACGUACUGAAUACACUAUUUAAUUUACCUGAGACUUAUUUGUUAGCUUGUUUAGUAGACUUUUUCACCAAUUGUAAGGAAUACUCCAAAACCGACACGGGAGUAAAAUGUGGAGAACUUCUGAUGUCGUACAAAUCUAUUUUUCAGGAUGUUAGAAACGCAGUAGACUAUGUCCAUUUACAUGGGGACCUCAAAAAUAGGACAAUCGAAAAUUUAGAAAAAUAUGUCAAAAAAGAUGAACGUCUUCCAAUGUUUUUGAGUAGGCUAAGAGAGAGUGGAGCCAAGACUUUCUUAUUAACGAACAGCGAUUAUACGUAUACCGAUAAAAUUAUGAACUAUCUUUUCGACUUCUCCCAUGGACCUAGGCCCGAAGAUCCUCAUCGAAACUGGAAAACCUACUUUGACAUAGUCGUCUGCGACGCUCGCAAACCACUCUUCUUCGGCGAAGGAACUAUUCUCCGUCAAGUGGACACUUCCACCGGAGGUCUUCGAGUGGGCGUCCAUACAGGUCCCCUGCUAUCCGACCAUGUCUAUUCCGGAGGUUCUUGUGAUGUCUUCACGAAAUUCAUCGGGGCUAAAGGAAAAGACGUGCUCUAUGUUGGGGAUCACAUUUUCGGUGAUAUUUUGAAGAGUAAGAAGAUCAGAGGCUGGCGAACCUUCUUGAUCGUGCCCGAAUUGGUUAGAGAGUUGCACGUGUGGACUGAUAAGUGUCAGCUGUUUGAGGAAUUACAGGGAUUGGAUAUUAAAUUGGGUGAAAUGUACAAAAACUUAGACAGUAGUGCGAAAGAAAAACCAGAUAUUUCAAAACUUAGGACAUCUAUAAGAGACGUGACACACAAAAUGGAUAUGUCGUAUGGUAUGAUGGGCAGUUUGUUUAGAUCUGGAUCAAGGCAGACGUUUUUCUCUUCUCAGGUUGUAAGGUAUGCAGAUCUGUAUGCAGCUACUCACCUUAAUCUGUUGUACUAUCCCUUCUCGUACAUGUUCAGGGCGCCAGCAAUGUUGUUACCUCACGAAUCUACAGUAGCUCAUGAGCAACAUUUCGUCAUGGAGCUGAACAGGGAGCAUAAUACGGUUACUCCACAAUCUUCAAUUGAAUCCAGAGAGAAGAAGCCCUUGGAGCGGGCCCAGAGUCAAAUCCCGCACGUACGUCCAGCCACGCCUCAGUCGGUCACGCAUACCCACGACGAAGACUUCUCUGACGACGAUAGCGAAGAAAAAUUAUCGAGAACUGAAAAUAACAAUUUACCAAUAAGCAGUUCAGAAAACAAGGUCGAGACACACGCACAAUAAUAGGUUUUCGACAUUUUCAUAGGGCUAGAUAGAUACCUUCACUAGCUGUUAACAACCGAAAUAUUUUUAAAAACACGCGCCUUAUAGAUAGGUAGGUAUUUUGUUAUGUCAAUUGCCCUUUGUCAUAUUUUUACAGAUAUGAUGAAAUAUGAUUGUAAGUUUAACGGAAGUUUUAAAAAUUUCACAGAAUUAAAACAACAGUGAAUACGCACCUUUAAGUUGUCACAAAAUCUUAGAAUUUACUAUAUAAUUAUCGUUCUGUGACAUUCUAAUAAUAUUUAACAAAUAGCCCCCGAAAUGUAUUUUUAUGCUAUGAAAUAUAUUUUGUAUAUACCAUAAUACAGAAAAGUUAGAUGCUCUCUGAAAUUAGUUGACUUUGCAGUAAUGUGAGUUCCCUAGAUUUGGGUAUACAGUCGAACCCGCUUAUUAGAGUACCAGUUAUAGGAAUAUCCCGGUUUAUGGAAUAUAAAUUCGAGGUCCCGAAACGUUUCCAUUUAUCCUCUAAUAAAUUUAUCCGUUUAUUGGAAUAUGGUUUAGUAAAAUAAUACCGCUUAAUAGAAUAUUUUUUUCAGGUCAACGAAUAAAUUGUUACGUACAAUUUCUUAAAAAUUUAAAUUUUGCCUGGUUUGUCGGUAAGAGCUUCGAAAGCCUGCUGUUUUGUAUUACGGUUUGUCAGGUACCUAAUAAACACUUUAUUACUGUGUUAUGAGUAAGCGCUACUUUCCCACAGAAAAUUCAAUCGUUAGCCGACAAGGUCAUAAAAUAAUUUCAUUUGUCUCCAAAUUUCUAUAGGUACAUAUUGCCACACAUUUUUAUAUACCUAAGAUUAUUUAUUACGAAUAGUUGAUCGUUUGUUCGGAAGUCUUUUCUAAAACUCAAUUCCAAUUUAUUUUCUAAUCGUUUCGUAAUUAUUUUUGUAAAUAGAUUAUAAAUUUUUAUUGGCAUAAAAAGACCUAAAACCAUAUGCAUAUACGAGUAUCUACAUAUUGACUUAGUAUAUACUAUUCUGACGUAGAUAUAUUCGGUACACUUAUUUCAGCUAGCCACCAAUGAUCGGUUAUUAGAAUAUCCCGCUUUUAAGAAUAUUUUUGCUUGGCACGAAGGCUAUUCCAAUAAGCGGGUUCGACUGUAUACUGUUUUUUGGCAUCUAAUAUUUUUUAUGAAUAUAAUGUGACAUACGACAAAAGCUAAUUAGGGUGAACUUUCGACAAAAGUUUUAAAAGGGCGAAAUACUUUUUGAAUAGUGGAUAACACUUACUUAUUAGUAACUAACUCUUGGAAGAUGUACCACUGCAUGAAUGUCCUGUCAAACGUUUCACUGAUGAUUGGAAGUGAAAAUAAGUAAUAGAGCUUUUCAACGAUUCUCAUUUGUUUCGAGCUUGUGUCAUACGUUGUAUAUUAAUAUUAUACACGGAUUAUACGACAUAUGACAAAAGCUCGAAACAAAUGAGAAUCGUUGAAAAGCCCUAUUCGUACAACCGGCUGAAAAUAGGACUUUUCAGUCCGGGCUUCUCGGGCCCGGGAUUUGUUUCGGGCUUCUCUAAUAUGUCGUAUAAUCCGUGUAUAAUAUUAAUAUACGACAUAUGGCAGGAGCCCGAAACAAAUGAGAAGCGUUGUAAUGCCCUAUUGAUCGUAAUUAGCGUUUGUCGUAUUUCAUUUGAGAGUAACGUACAUUUCUGUAAUAAAGAAAAUCAUAUUUUAUUAUUUCUGUUUUUUUAUCAAUCAAGUUCUGUUGACCACUUGUUUGAUGAAAAAAAAAACAGUUUUGUUAGACUAAAAUACAGAGAAUACAAGGAACCGCCAACUUGCACAAUAAUUAAAACGUAUUUAGAAAGUUUUAUACUAAUUUUUUUAAUAAUUGCUCAUAAGAAUUUAAAAAAAUUCCCAUGUGAUGUUUUUUAAUUAGUAACUUUUUUUCUAGCCGUAAGUUUUUGUAGCAUUAACGUUAGAUUGGUUGUUUAGUAUAUUUAUUUUUCUUGUAUUUUUUAAUAUUGAGAUGUUUAUAUAUUGUAAAUAUCAAAGAAAUAAAUAAAGUUGUUAAAAGAA